ACCCAACAUAUUCUGGAUACAAUGAGAAAGACUCAUAAUCAAGAUGCUUUAUUACAAAGUAAAAUUACAACAAAAUCAAAAAAAUGCAUAUUGAAUAAAUUAGAUGCACUAUGUGAACAACCAAAAAUCAAAAAAUGCAUAUUGAAUAAAUUAGAUACACUAUGUGAACAACCAAAAAGAAGAUAUGAAGAAGAAUGUAUUAAUGUAGAACAAGACAAAGAAAUUAUAAUUGAUAAACAAAAUGUUCUUAUAUCUGAAAAAUAUAUCGAAAAUACUCUUUUUAAAUACUGCAAGAAACUGCCAAAUGAAUCACUCUUACAAUCAUGGAUUAUUGAUCUUGAUGAUCAAGAGGCAAAAGAACUAUUUACUAUAGAAGAGUGGAAAGAAAUCUAG